UGCCCCAGGAGGCUGCUUGUGAGGACAGACCCCAGGAACAGGAUCUGAGGCCAAGCCAAAGAGAACCCCAGAGAUGAAGGGCCUCCUCCCACUGGCUUGGUUCCUGGCUUGUAGUGUGCCUGCUGUGCCAGGGGGCUUGCUCGACCUCAAGUCAAUGAUCGAGAGGGUGACAGGAAAGAACGCCCUGACGAACUAUGGCUUCUAUGGCUGUUAUUGUGGCUGGGGUGGCCGAGGGACCCCCAAGGAUGGCACUGAUUGGUGCUGUUGGAUGCAUGACCAAUGUUAUGGGCGGCUAGAGGAGAAAGGCUGCAACAUCCGGACACAGUCCUACAAAUACAGAUUCGCCCAGGGCCUGGUCACCUGCGAGUUCGGACCCUUCUGUCGCAUGCAGCUCUGCACCUGUGACCGGAAGCUUGUCUACUGCCUGAAGAGGAACCUAUGGAGCUACAACCCUCAUUACCAAUACUUCCCCAACAUCUUCUGCUCCUAG